GUUGCUCCUCUACGCCCCCAUAGAUUCACAACCUAUUGGAAACGUAAACUGAUAAUUUACCAUGAACGCUCUUGUUAAAUUCAUUGCUGUGCUCCUCGGUGCCUCUACAUUUCUAACCAUGGCAUUGGCCGCUGUCAUCCAGCCCGAAGCAAACCCACUGUCAGGAGUCAAUGCAAAGGCCACGCCCUCAAGUCCAGCCCCGAAAUUCAAGACGCUGGUCAUUGAUGGAACGACACAUGUAUAUGAUAUCUCAACAUCCACUCUUGUCUUUGAUGCGGUCGCUACGCCUACGGUUACUCCUGCUGCUGCUCUCCAGCCAAAGACGGCGGUGGCUCCUCCCAAGCCAAAGGCUCCUCCUGCCCCUGCCCCUGCUCCCAAGGCAAAGGCGGCGGUGUAUCCUCCCAAGGCAAAGGCGGCGUUGGCUGCCCGCGAUGAUAUCCCACAAAUCCCUCCAAAUCCAGCCCCGACAUUCAAGACGGUGGUCGUUGAUGGAAAGACAUAUAUACGUCAAGUUUCAAAAACUCUUGCGCCGACGGUUUCUCCUACCCCUGCUCCCAAGGCAAAGGCAGGAGUGGCUCCCCGCGAUGGUCUGCCACAAAUCCCAGUCCCGAAAUUCACAACGUGGGUCUAUGAUGGAAAGACAUAUACCCGUCAAAUUUCAACCACUCUUGCGCCUACGGUGUCUCUAGCUACGUCUACGGUUACUCCUGCUCCUACGGAUCAGGUUACGCCGUUGGCUCCCCGCGAUGGUCUGCCACAAGUCACUCCCAACCCAAAGGUCACCAUACCCGUACGUCCAGCUUCUUCGACUGUGGUCGUUGAUGGACAGACACGUGUAAUUCUUAUUACUCCUGCUCCUGCUCCUCCUCCUAAGGCAAAGGCUUCUCCUGCCCCUGCUCCCAAGGCAAAGGCGCCGGUGGCCCCCCGCGAUGGUCUGCCACAAUAA